GGUUGACCGCGCCGGCAAGAAGAAUUUACUCAGUACAGUUUGCCCUCGGCUUCCGCCAUUCGGGUUCUGCCGCUUUCGUCCCCAGGGCAUGCUGACUGGGAAGACGGAAACUCUAAAGCAGUGGCCAAAGCAACCGGUAGCGAAGCCACUACGCGUUCAGCUCUGCCGCUGGCGGCCGCCACAGCUCCACUCCUCGCGACGGCCAAAUCGCACGCCGCGUGACGUAGGGAUGGGGUUACGGCUCCAUCCAUCGCAAAGCAUUCGGCUUUGGCCGAGAAAGGGGCGGUCUUCAGGUUUGCUCACGUGUCUCGACUUGGCGGGCUAGUCAAGUACAAAGUGCAAAGCUGUCGGCGUCAUUCUGGCUCAGGCUUUCACAAUCAGUCAUGCCUCGCUCGUUCAGUUCCAUCGCUGCUGUGUCCCAGAAUAUGGGUAUUGGGAAGGACGGACAGCUUCCGUGGCCCCAACUCAAGAAAGAGUUUGGAUAUUUUCAGAGAAUGACCAGAACUACUACACAGAAAGGAAAACAAAAUGUAGUGAUAAUGGGUAAGAAGACUUGGUUCUCCAUUCCUGAAAAAAGUCGGCCGUUAAAAGACAGAAUUAAUAUAGUACUCAGCAAACAACUGAAGGAAACGCCUGAAGGAGCUCACUUUUUGGCUAGAACUCUAGACGAGGCACUAGAUCUCCUAGAAUUACCAGAGUUGACUAAACUGAUAGACAUGGUUUGGAUAAUUGGAGGCAGUUCGGUGUAUAAGGCAGCAAUGGAUAAGCCAGCUCAUCAGCUACUGUUCCUGACAAGGAUCUUCCAGUACUUUGAAAGUGAUACAUUUUUCCCAGAAAUCGAUCUAAAACAAUUCAAGCUUCUGCAAGGAUACCCAGGUGUGCCCGAUGGUAUUCAGGAAGAGAAUGGCAUCCAGUACAAGUUUGAAGUGUAUGAAAAGACCAUCUCUGGAGACAUAUGAAGUGUCUUGUCUAAGUUUAUAAUUCUGUAGUGCAUUUUACAGUAUGGUCACAAUUACACAGAAAUAAGCUCUGCUGAAGCAAACCAGACUUGCUUCCAAACAUAGACUUGAGUUGUGAAACAAGUUCUUUCUCAAGCACACUGACCUUCUCUAUUUCCACUCCUUCCAUCUUCCAGUGUAAUGUAAGUGCUCUUGGUGGUGAUACUUCAUUGCCAUAACUACAGUGCAGCAAAACAGUGUUUGAAAAAAGCUAUGUCAAGAUGGGCUUUGAUCCUGUGAGCUCUCCAGACUUUCAGUGAAAAAUACAUUCCAUUUUUAUAGAUGGCA